UUCGAUUUCUGCAAGUGUUUGUGGACGCAUUAAAGACUGAUAUGGCAACACGAGAGUGUUUGCUUACAUAAAGCCACAAUAGCGCGCUAGCUGCGGCCCGUCGGUGCAGCACUCAUUCAAUAUCAGAUCGUCUAUUUAUCUUGCUGUGUGGAUGUGCUAGAGCUAUAUCAACAAUGUGACGGUAUAUUUACAAGGAAUUUACUCGGACUGCUAAUAGAAUAAGGCGUAAUUCUCCAUCUAAUAUUUUUCCACGUUGAACAAACAAAAUUAGUUGCUAUCCGCUUCAGCAAACACGAGACAGUCCGCCAUGGAUAAGUCAGGAAAAUCGGAAACAGUCGUGUCUCAAGACACGACUGAGGAACUCCCUUUGAAGUCGGAAGCCAAAGAAGUUAAGAACAUGUCAUUUAUGGAGAAGCUGAGGUUUGUGAAAUCGAACGUGACGGUGGAGCCGGUGCUGGCAUUGUUCGUGAUGCCAAGCGUGCUGGCGAUGCUGGCGACGCAAAACUUGAACUUGGACAAAGCGUGUCGUGUCAAUCUAGGUUUCGGGGAUGCAGUUUGCAACGACUUGCGGCUCCGAAAACGAGCGAACCAUACUUUUGAGGAGGACGAAGUGCAAAAACUGAUUGCGUCCGUCCAAGCUUGGAAAAGCGUCGUUCACACUGCCGUACCUACAUUGCUGAUGUUCUUCAUUGGAGCAUGGAGCGACAAAACUGGCCGGCGGAAGAUUUGUAUGCUAAUGCCUAUCUUCGGGGAGUUCAUGACGUGCAUGCUCAACAUGCUAAACACGUACUUCUUCUAUGAAGUCCCGGUGGAGUUAACAGUCUUUAUGGAGGUGAUAUUCCCUUCUCUCACGGGCGGCUGGUACACUAUGUUCCUGGGUACUUUCAGCUACCUAGGGGAUAUAACGUCAAAAGAAACUAGAACAUUCCGAAUGGGUAUCUUGAAUUUGUGCAUGACAGUUGGAUUCCCUAUUGGGAUGGGUCUGAGUGGGGUGUUGCUCAAAGUAUUGGGUUACUACGGAGUGUUUUCUAUAUCUGCAUUCUUCCAAUUUUUGAACUUCUGCUAUGUGUUUUUCAUGAUUGAGGAUCACACUUGGCUCGAGAAUAAAGAAAAGGUGAAGCGGACGGGUUUUACCGGUUUCUUUAUUGAGUUCUUCGACUUCCAAAGUCUAAAGCAAACUUUCGAGAUCGCGUUUAAGAGAGGCCCAAACAACAGGCGGCUGCGGAUAUGCCUCAUACUGACUGUCGUGUGCCUCACUUUUGGACCCAUGUGGGGUGAGCUAAGUGUAAUGUACCUGUUUGCUCGGUAUCAAUUCAACUGGGAUGAAGUCAAGUACAGCAUUUACUCCACGUUCAGUCUUAUAACACAUUCCGUAGGUACACUGUUCUCAAUAAGUGUGUUCAGCAGAAAACUGAAAGCAGACGACGCGGUUUUGGGCAUGAUAUCGACGACCAGCAAAAUCUUUGGAGCUAUAGUACUAGCUUUCGCCAGAAAUGACUACGAAGUUUAUAUGUCUCCCCUAGUAGAAAUACUCAACGGGACGACAGCCAUAGCCCUGAGGUCGAUCGCUUCCAAACUGGUGUCUUACCAAGAACUAGGGAAGGUGUUUUCACUGUUUGGGGUGGCAGAGACCACGAUGCCUCUGAUAUUCGCCCCGCUGUACUCGAAGGUGUACCUAGUGACACUUCAGGUGAUGCCUGGAGCUGUAUUCCUGAUGAGCGUACUAGCAACGAUACCUGCUCUUGGGAUAUUUGGAUGGUUCUACCACGAGCACAAAAAGGACAGGAAAGAGAAGAGACUGGACAUACCCACCACCCCGCCCGUGCCUGCCGAUCCACCCAUAGUAGCUGCCUAAACAUAAUAAAAAUUAAAACUAAUAAGUUUUA